AUGGAUACCGGAUCCUCUAUCCAACAGCCGCCUGUUACGCAGCUUCGGCCACUGCAUACCUACCAGCAAUCUCUGCAACCAUCGAAUGAUCAACUGCUACACUGGAAGAGCUCAUUUGAGCCAAGACCUGAUCAAGACACUGCCAUCAAAGCAUUCGUGAAACUCGUUUCUCGACUUAUUAUUCUCAACGAGGGAGAGACCUUUUGUAUCCAGGACUCACAACGUGGUGGAUAUAUCUUGGCAUGUUUAAAUGCAAAGAACAUCGAUUUCGUUCAGUGUGAACCUGACCAAAAUAUCCCUACUCAAUUCUCUGUUGGUGAAGGAAAGGAUGUGCAACUGCAUAUCGAAUCCAAUGGCGAGAUUUGUCUGGCUGUACAGUCGAGCAUAGUUCCCCAAGCAGCUCUUCAUGCAGUAGGAUCUAUGUUUGAUGAUAUUCUUGGCCAAGAAAACCAGACUCGACAUUCUGAAUGGUCAUUGCCUUCUGUGCUCAACUUCCCAUCAAAGUCUAGUCCUAUGGACUUGUCUCGUGAAAAUGAAACACAGUCGGAUCAAAACGACUCCAACAAUGAAGGCGGCAAGGCAGGCUUUCUGCAUGGCUGGUUUGAACAGCGUGCUGUUGAGAGCCCCGAGACGGUUGCAAUCGACUACCUAUCUGAUCUUGAAAGCGGUAAACGAGUCCAGUUCACAUAUCAACAAGUCUCCAACAUUGCGACAGCUCUGGCCGCCAGAAUUGUGCAACUGACCACACAUUCAUCCCAGUCUCUUAAGACGGUUGCUGUUCUCAUGGGAUCUUGUCCAGAACUCUACAUAUCCUACCUUGCAGCUUUGAAGGCUGGAGUUGCCUUCUGUCCCAUCGCUGUUGACGCACCAAAGGAAAGAAAAGAGGCUUUGAUGGCAGAUUUGAGACCAGCCGCUGUCUUGACCACUUUAUCUCUCAUGGACUCGGAUUCCUGGCUAGAUUCAACCAACGUUAUUGAUGUUGUUCCCUACCUCAAUUCCCGAGACAUCGAGCCACCACAGUUGCCAUCUCAGUCAACAUCCGUGGACGAGGUUGCUUACGUUCUUUAUACGUCGGGCACAACCGGUCUUCCCAAGGGCGUGGCAGUCAGCCAUCUCUCUGCAUCGUGCACAAUCUCUUCUCUGAGUGCUCACUAUGACUUCACUCUCCCAGCAGCCGGCAUCAAACCAGUCCGAUGGUUUCAAGGCGCAGCUCCAACCUUUGAUAUUUCUCUAUUCGAGAUUUUCUGGACGUUGAGCAGUGGAUCGACACUCUGCUGUGCACCUCGACAUCUUACUCUCCAGAACAUUGACAAGGUUGUUACAACUCUAGAGGCUGAUAUCACGAAUAUCACACCGAGUUUCGCUAGCCUUCUGGACCCGAACUCAAUCAAGGGGUUGAUGGUUGGUGGCGAAACACUGAAUGCAAGGCUUUUGCAAGACUUUGCCAAAUGGAACCCGACUGAGACUACGCAUGCGCCUAGGGGCAUCUUCAACAGCUAUGGUCCGACAGAGACAGCUAUUUAUUGCAUUGCUCAGGCUCAUGUCCCCAAGAACCAGCGAGGCUCAGUCAUCGGAACCCCGCUGGCGACUUGUGGUGCUCUCAUUGUCGACCAAUCACUAUCUCAAGGUUUGGAGCCUGUUCCUAUGGGUUCAAUUGGAGAACUUGUCAUCACUGGACCCCAAGUGAGCAAAGCUGGGUACCUCAACCGCCCAGAAGAGACUGCUCUAGCCUUCAUUGAUGACCCUACAUGGGGUCGAGUCUACAAGACGGGAGACUGUGCAAGGGUAGUCUUUGAUCCUAAUGGUUCGCCCGUCAUUGAGUUCAUGGGCAGAAUAUCAGACGAUCAAGUCAAGCUCAGUGGACGACGAGUUGAGCUUGGCGAGAUUGAGAGCGUGCUAGCCAGCAAUGCCGACGGCGUGAGGGAGACCAUGGUCUGUGUUUGGAAGCAAGGUGCAGAGGCCGGCUCAGAAAAGGUCGUCAGCCUGAUCGUCGUUGAGUCUCGUACUGGAAUGACUUUCGAGGAUGUUCAUCACAAUUGCGUGGAAGCUGCGAAGCUACAUCUGCCGGAUUACAUGAGACCGUUCAGGAUCUUGGAAGUCGAGGCACUUCCGAGGUCUGCCUCUGGGAAGGCGGAUCGCAAGGCUGCUCUGAGAAUUGUCAAUGAUGUCCUGUCGAAAGAUGGUAAUGCCAACUAUCAAGAGCGUAUUCCAUCUAACACGUCACAGACUCUUGGACCUUUGGAGAAUCCGGAGGAUGCCAAGCUGGAGGAAGAACUUAUCUCUAUCGUUAGUGGAGUUCUUACCGACGGCUCUGCGGCUACUUCCCUUAUCACACCUGCCACUGUUCUAGCCGAUGCAGGAAUUGACAGUCUUCGGGCAAUGCGUGUUUUGCGAGAUAUCAGAACGCGAUGGCCAGUCUCUGAACGGUCCUCUGGUCAUACAUCCCGAGCCAGGCUUCAACCAUCGCUUGCAGUCCUUCUUGACGCAAACGCCACUAUCCGUUCCGCCUUCUUCCCCAGCGCACAUGACUUGAAUGCGUCGGAAACUUCAAACAACAAUGAGUCUGAGACCAAGGCUAAGCUGGAGGCGUUUGCUGCUAAUCAUUUACCUGAGGCCGUUGACAAGCUUGGCUUGAAUGAGUCGGAUAUUGAGAUGAUUCUUCCUGCUAUCAGCACUCAAUGUCAGUUGGCUGUCAGUUUCGCAAUGGACAAACGCAACUACAUCAGCCAUACUGUCUUGCGACUCAAGUCAGGAGUCUCUACCACUGCUCUGAAGGAUGCUGUCGAUGCUGUACUUUCCCGACAAGCCAUCUAUCGCUCCGCGAUACUUCCGUGCGAUGAUAGUUUGUCGCCGUUCGUACAGGCCGUUUUGACCGUUGGUGCUUGGAAAGGAUUGGUGGGAGAAUCCAGUGUAGUCUUGCACAAGGGAGGUGACAAGCCUUCUAAUGCGCAGACGUGGAUUGAACUGGCGGAAGGGGAGCUCAGUCUUGACUCUCAAAGGCUGUACCAUGUUCAGAUCAUUGACUCGGAUGACUCCAACAGCGGUGGCCUUUUGACCAUCAGCGCCGCCCACUGUAUCUGCGAUGGUCCAUCGCUCGAGGUGCUGAUGAGCGACAUCGCCCGACAGUAUGCUGGCCUAGAACCUCUUCCGAGGCAAGGCAUCUACGAGGCCGUCUCCGAAUGGGUCUCCAGUGUCAGCACAGAAACGGAUCAAUUGUGGCAGAAGGCUCUCGAAGGUUGGGAGACUGAACCUCUUGGAGCCAUCAGUGGCAACAAUGUCAAGCUACCAGCUACCGGGGCGCGUCAACAUGCCAUGGUUCAACACUCGAGUAACAUUCCCUGGAGUCUCCUCGAGUCCAAAAGUCGAGCACUGGGAGCUUCGCCACUCACAAUUCUUCAAGCAUCAUGGGCUAUGCUCUUGCACAUCCUUUCUGAAGCGGACACCGAUGAUGUGACAUUUGGCAGCGUACUCUCAGGUCACGAUGAACUCAUUCAUGCACCAACCUUCUCCGUCGUUCCUUGUCGGGUCGCACUUCCGGAGUCACAGUCGGUGCGACAGCUGAUUGACAGUCUGAUGGGUCACUCUCGAUUCGCACAGGGCCACAGACACACUUCCUUCGGUGCCUUCAAGACUCUUCCAUACAACACCGCUCUCGCCUUGCAGGCUUACCCUUCGCCUGAAGAUGGCAGCGAGGGCAACACUCUGUGGACUGAGAUCUCGAACCCUGCUAUACGUUACGACUUUGCCAUGUUCGCAGAAGUCUUCCCCACGGACCCCAACUCUGCGGAUCGCAAUGGAAGGUUCGAUAACGUCUUCUUCAAGGUGACAUAUCGCGACGAGACCUUUUCUGAAUUGUCUGCCUCAUGCAUUGUGAAGCAGUUCGCCGCCCUCACUGAAGUUGUACUUCAGUCACUUCCGGACGAUCUAGUGCAGACUCUACCAGCACGUAUGGAUCGAGCCUUGCUGUCCGCUGAAGGAACAAUCCCUACUCAACAUAACGUGGAAGCGAUGACCGCAGACGCACGCGAGAUCUACGAGAGAACUCAGGUCCUGCAUGCUCAAUUCGAGGAUCAAGCCGCGUCUACAUCCGAUCUCUUAGCUUUGAGCUUCUACUCUUCUCUGGAUGCUCCUCCUGUCGAAUUGACAUACGCUGAACUUGAUGCUCGAGCCAAUGGUCUGGCCAACAUACUUCGCGAGCAAGACAUUGACAUCAUCCCCAUUUGCAUGGAACGUAGUGUUGAACUCUACGUCUCAAUUCUGGCUAUCAUCAAGGCUGGAUCAGCAUGGUGUCCUAUCGACACCACGUCCCCCGUACAGCGACGCACAUCUCUCAUCGCCAGGGCACAGAGUAGAGUGCUGCUGACAAACACCGAGUCAUUGCCAUUGGUCCAGCCAUGCCUUGAGCAAGGUACUCUGAAGGAUGUUGAGAUUAUCCUGGUGGACAAGUACGCCGACUGUAAAACAUCGGUUAGAGCGAAGCCACGCGAUAGCCUCUCAUCGUCCAAGGUCAGUGGCAAAGACCUAGCCUAUCUACUCUGGACAUCUGGAACAACUGGGGAGCCCAAGGGAGUCAUGAUCCAGCACAGCGCUGCCGCCCAGGCUAUGCGCGAUCUGCAAGUACAAGUCGAACACGAUGACGGAGAGCAAGUUCGGACGCUUCAGCUCUCAGCUUACAGCUUCGAUGUCUUCGUCCAGGACCUAUUCUACACUUGGGGAUUGGCAGGUACAGUCAUCAGUGGUACCAGGGAACUCGUUCUUGGAACAUUCACCGAGUUUAUCUGGAAGUCUCAGCCUACUCACGCACAUCUCACGCCCUCCUUCGGUGCCAGCAUCGCUGUGAAUGAGCUGAAAGGUUCGACCUUGCAGUAUGUCACCUUCAUCGGAGAGAAGCUCACCGAGGAUGUCGCUGAAGCAUGGGCUGCUCCCGAGAUUACUACUCGUGCUUACAACACGUACGGACCUGCCGAGAACGCGGUUGUUUCGACCAUGAGACGCUUCUAUGGAAAGAGUCGAGAUGAUGCGAAAGCCGCCAACGUAGGCUUCCCUCUGAACCCUUGUACAGCUUACGUGAUGCGCGAGGUCGGCACAGCUGAGGGCACUAACCGAUGGGAGCUUGUCCCACGCUACGGUGUUGGUGAAUUGGCUCUGGGUGGUGCGCAAGUCGGCAAAGGAUAUCUUGCCAACGAAGCCAAGACGACAAAGGCUUUUAUCCAGGGUGGCCCUGGUAUUGAUGAGCGCAUUUACCUCACUGGUGAUCUUGUCCGUUUGAACGAUCAUGGCUUUGAGUUCCUCGGUCGCAAUGAUGAUCUUGUCAAGAUCACCGGUAUUCGCAUCGAGCUGAGUGAGAUCAGCGCUGCAUGCGCAAGUCUGAAGGAUGAUGAUGCGGCUAUUGAGCAUGUUGAGACUUUGUAUCUCCAGCGACCGGGAGCACCAGCUGAGAACAACAACAAGGUUGUCGUCACGUUUGUGUCUGUCAAGGCUGCAAAUGUCGACACUGGCAAGAUCAGGACACAGGUGUUCAAGAGGGCCAAGGAUAUGCUACCCUCUUACAUGGUACCUGGCCACGUCGUAGUUUUGGACACAACUAUGCCGAGAACCGCGUCUAACAAGGUUGAUCGAAAGGCAUUACAGGCUAUCUAUGCCGAGUCCGAUCUCAAUGUCUUGGCUGGUAGAGGUGAUACUGUUGAGUUGCAAGGCCAAGGAUCUACCCAGGCGCGACAGGCAUGGUCUACGGAUCAGCUCACUAUCCUCGAGACAAUUGCUUCCAACUUCAACAUCGCUAUCGAGAACCUUUCGCCUGAAGACAGUUUGGCUGGUCUUGGAUUGAGCUCUCUCCAGGUGACCAAGUUGGCUUGGUUGUUGAGACGCGAGCUUAAAUGUCAAGUCGGCGUCCUCGAUCUCAUGAGAUGUGAAUCCCUUGGCGAAUUGGUCAACAUCACUUUGAGUCGCAUGCCUGAGACUACCCAACCGAUGGCUAGCGACACGAAGCCUGCAGAAACAUCGUGGAUUACCCCCAUCAAGGCUGCCCUCACAGCCAACAUCAAGGGCACUUUACGUCCAAGCGACACAACAUCUAUUCUACCUGCGACACCAAUGCAGGAAUCUCUCAUCGUCGAGACUAUGCUUGAACCGCAAGCUUACUGGGCUCAUCGUGUGUUUGAUCUGAGUCACUUGGAUGAAGUAGACGGCCGCCAAUUGAAGAGAGCUUGGAUUGCAGCUGCCAAGCGCUUCGACAUUCUUCGAACAAUCUUUGUUCCUCUCACUCAACUUGACGUCGACAAGAGCGACAACACUGUUGGUUGGGCGAAGGAAUUGGGAGUUCAGUCCACGAUUCUCCAGCUCAUUCGAGACAAGCCAACUGUUCGCUGGACACAGAUCUCCAGUGAGCAGACACAGAGUCUGAGCGACGUCGCUAGAUUGCUACAAACAGACCUUUCUCCGACAACUACUAUUGAACCACCUUGGGCUGUCACCUUUGUUGAAGAGUCGAACAAGAUGAUGCUCAGUAUGCAUCACGCCCUCUACGACGCUGUCGCAUCAGACAUGUUCCUCGAAGCCGUCUCCAAGUUCUACAACAUGGAACCUCUUGAAGGUCUAGGUAAGGUGGCACAAUUCGACAGAGGCCUUGACCUGGGUUUGUUACCUCCUCCUGCGAAGAGAGAUGAAGCGACGGCGCUUUGGAACCGUCGCUUAGAGGAGCUGAGCAAGACAGUAUCUGGAGGCUUGCUCAACGCUACUCUCCCAGACCUGACGCAGUCUCGACAGAAGCAGACCCAAAAGAUCCUCCUUGCCAAGAGGGAUGUUCCAGGUUCUUUAUUGGACUCUACUUUUGGCGUGUCUCUCCCAACCCUGCUUCAAUCAGCCUUUGGUUGUGUUCUGGCCUCGUACCUCGAACUGGACUCCGUUAUCCUAGGCCACACCGUCUCUCAGAGAGCUUUGCAUCCUGAUCUUGAGAAUGUGGUUGGCCCUGCCAUUGCUACUUUGCCUCUCAUCGUUCGCUCAAACGCGCCUUCAGCUCAGGAGCUGUGGAAGGACAUGGCCCGCGACUCAGCGCAGUUGUUCAAGACGACGCACAAUCUUCAUCCUGUUGAUGUGAAGAAGAUGCUCAAUCGAGGAAGUGGCAGUAGCAAUGCUCCCUUCCCAGGUCUUUUCGUGUACCAUCCCGCAUCUGAUGACAACGACAACGACAAUGGCUCGGCUGGGCACAUGUUCAAAGAAGUUGGACAAGCGCUUUCGCUCAACGUUGAACAUCCUCUAGCAUUGAAUGUGUUCGAAGGCGACAGGUCAAUUGAACUCACCGGCGAUGGACGUCGCAUCUCUCAAUCGCAACUUGAACUCAUGUUGGAUCAAGUUCUGAAUCAAGCGCAGGUGAUGGUUGAAGCUUCACAGGUACCGCUGUCGCAGCUACAGAACAGAAUGGGAGGACGUCUUCUGUCCACUAGCGGCACAGUCACCACGAUCGACAACACUCCAGCCAACCCGGCUGACAGUGUCGCCUUGCAUGCCUCUCAACACCCCGACUGGAUCGCAGCUGAGGAAGUCAUCUUCCAAUCCUCUGACGAGGACGAAGAAAUAGUCACCAAGUCUGUUACAUACUCCCAGCUGGAUAAGCUCACGAAUGCUAUUGUCACGAAGCUCGCGCAACACGAGGCCAAUCUUCAGCCUGAUGAUCCUGUGGCCAUGUGUUUGGGCAGAGACAUCAAGUCGCUAGCAGUUACUUUGGCCAUUUUCCGUGCUGGUUUCAUCUAUCUUCCCGUCGACGAAGAUCUGCCUUCAGCUAGAAAGCAGCUUCUCAUUCGCGACGCGGGUGCCAGGCUGGUCAUCACCACAGAGGAACUUGUCGGCGACCUUGGCCUUGACGCUACUAAUGAUGCCCCAGUUCUCGAACUCCCAGAUGGCCAGGGCGACCUCGACGAGAUUCUUUCCUGGCCCGUAUCUGAGCACCACUUCGGGGCUGGCGAUGGAGGUUACCUCCUCUACACAUCCGGUUCAACAGGUCGCCCCAAGGGUGUUAGAGUCUCGAACAGCAAUCUUUGCCACUUCGUCUCUGCGUUCAGUAAUCGCCUGAUUGAACAUUCCCCAGCAACAGCGAAGCUAGGCAGUGUUGGAAAGUAUCUCAACCUCACGUCGCGAGCUUUCGAUCCUCAUUUGACACAGCUCUUCGUCCCAUGGCAUCUCGGCCUCCGAGUCGUCAUCGGCAAAGACCGCACAUCAAUGAUGGCGAACCUGAAGGAACUCAUCAAUGAGUUGAACAUAACCCACUUUGGGUCUGUUCCUUCAGUCUUGACACAAUUGCGAUUGAGUCCUGAAGAUGUACCCUCUGUGCGAGUCGUCACAACAGGUGGCGAGAAGGCAUCCAACGAGCUUCUCAACACAUGGGCGCAAGACACAAGGACUGGCGAUGAUAAAGCUGUGCUCUUUAACUUCUACGGUCCAACAGAAGUCACCAUCGGGUGUCUUGGUCAUGCAGUCAAUCACAAUUCCAACGCGAGAAACCUUGGUCUUCCGCUCCAAGGCCUCGAGGCUUUCCUUCUUUGUCCUGGCGCUUCCUCCGAUGACCUUGUCGUUGCGAUAAGAGGCCAACCAGGUGAACUAUGCAUCGCCGGUCCUCAAGUCGCAAUGGGUUACCUCAACCGUCCUGAAGAGGACGCUAAGAGCUUCCAGACCGUUUCCAUCUUGGGAAGUACCAAGAGAGUCUACAGGACAGGUGACAUGAUGCGUAUGAUGAAUGAUGGAACACUUGAGUUUUUGGGAAGAUCUGAUCAACAAACCAAGAUCCGUGGUCAGCGACUUGAGCUUGAUGAGGUUGUCGGCUUCCUCAAGCAGGUUGCGGGAGACUCGAGCGACUUGGACUUUGCUGCUGCGGUCGCUUCCAGCGGCGAUGGCUCUACCCAGCAACAACAGCUCUUAGGCUUUGUCGCUAAGAAGGGAAGCGACCGAGAAGUUGAUCUCUUGUACGAUUAUGACCGUGAGGGGGUCUUGCUGUUGGAGACAAUUGAGCAAGAGUGCCAGGCCAAACUCCCUGCAUUUAUGGUUCCCACUAUGGUCUGGGUUACCAAGAUCCCCUACUUGGCUGCGUCUGGCAAAGUUGACACCAAGCUCUUGGGGCGAUUGGCAAGCGACUUUUUGACUAGACAACGCGAUGAAGAAUUUGACGAUCAAAUCGGACAGAGUUUGAUGACUGGCGAUGACCUCAAUCCGGAAGAGUCGCUCGUCGUCGCGGCUAUCGAAGAGUCUUUGGGUGUCAGUGUCAAAGCAACUUCAAACAGCAGCAUCCAUCGCCUUGGAAUCGACAGUCUGUCUGCUGUGAACUUGGUGUCUCUUCUGCGAAAGCGAGGCUUCUCGCAAUUGAAGAUGACCCAUAUCCUGACAGCUUCUUGUACGGUUAAAGAUAUUGCCAGACUCACGGAUCAAGCCACUUCAACAACAGACAACACUCCGAUUUCGACACCGACAUCUACAGACGAUCAACAUGAGAUGUUACCUAACUUCAAUACUCUAACUGUGGAAGACCUUGGACACCUCCCGGCUGGUCUUGAUGCCAAUAACAUAGAGGCCAUUCUACCAUGUCUUCCUCUCCAAUCCGCGCUCAUCGCUCGCUCUCUGGUGUGGCUCAGCGCUUCUGAGGGUGAUCAAGAGAAGAAUGAUGCGCCUUAUGUGGCCCAAUUCAAUUAUCGCCUUGAUUGCGACACCGAUAUUGCCAGAUGGAAGUCAGCAGCCGAGCAAGUUCUUACUUCAGAAGCCAUGUUGAGGACGUGUUUCAUCCAGCGAGAUGAAGAUGGUCAGAUCUUCCAAGUUGUUCUUCGGUCCUCCUCUGUGUCGCCUUUACAGGACACCCAACCUGACAGCAUUGUCGCGCAAAUGCAUGUGCAGCCUCCAGUCAGGCUGUUCGUGGCGGAGAGCCCCGAUGGAGCGACUGUCUCUCUCAAGAUCCAUCACGCACUGUUUGACGGCGUCGCUAUCGACUCUCUCAAACACAAGCUUGAGCAAGCCUAUAAUGAUCCAGGCUUUGUAUCCUCUACUUCAUUCCAUACCUUGAAUACCCUCUCAGGUAUCUCUCGCCACUGCAACUUGACGGGUAAACAAUUGGAAGCCACCAAGCGCUCUUGGCAAGCAGAAUUGAACGGCGUGCAACCAUGUCGCAUUGGAUCCCUCGACUACAACAUGAACAGCUCAAUGGCUCGCUCAACUCUUCGUCUGGGCUACACAACUUCUGAGCUUAACUCCAAGCUUAAGUCUGGAUCCGACUUAGCGAUCUCAGCCUCUUCGGCAUUCCAACUAGCGACCAGCCUCUGUCUCGCCCAGCUGACUCAACAACCAUCCGUCAUAUAUGGCUUCGUCAUGUCGCUUCGACCAUUACUCGACCACGUCACUGAUGGGGUUGACACUCUCAUCGCACCAUGCCUCAACACAUUGAUCCGAACUCUCACUCUCCAUGACCAAGACGAGACUCUUCCCCAGCUCGCCCAGAGGGUUCACAAAGGUCACCUUGAUGUCUGCCAAGGAUCAAUGCCACUCGUCAGCGUAGACAAGGUCCAACGCUGGUCUGGAUCGGAGGACAAGCUGUUUGACAGUCUUCUCAGCAUCAAUGUCAUUCCCGCCCGCGACCAACAGGAGCCGAAGCCAGGACACAUGACUGCCUUGCCUACUUCUAGCAGCAGCGACAUGGCUCUCGCAAUUGAUGUCGACCUUCAUGCCGACGGAAAGAUUGAGCUUACACUUUCUUCUGCUGGUGCAUUGAACGAGAUGCAGUUGAGCGGUGUCGCUCGGCUAUUCGAGAAGGUCUUGUUCAGCUGUUCGGACAGCAAUGCCACGAUCUCAGAUAUUGUACCUAUGCUGCCAACAACGAGAGCAUCUUGGUCAACCACCCAGGUGGGCUCCGGUAGUGGCAUUCCCGAACAGAACACGAAUGAUGCGGAUUACCAGAGGGCGUUAGCCGAUGUACAAGAGACUAUCAGUCGCCUUUUGCGUCUCGACCCUUCUGAAGUCUCCUCCAAGCCAGAGUCAACUUCUUUGUACCAACUUGGCCUCGACUCCAUCACAGUUCUUCCAUUUGUGAAGCAGAUCAACAAGUCGAACAAGACCAAGUUGUCGUCGCACGGUGUCAUCAAGGCCCGAACUAUCAAGGGAGUCGCAGAACUUCUACGAGAUGCCAGGGCGAAGCAGACUUCUUCUACGAAUGGUGCUCAAACAAACUCGGUCGCGACACCCGAACUCAGCGCAUUGAGCGAGGGAGAUGUUUACGACAGGACCCUCGCUCGUCUAGCCAAGGACUUGAUGUUUAUCGCGACACCGCUUCAAGAAGGCAUGCUCAGCGCAUCGCUGGCCACGGGUGGAAACGCAUACACCUACAUCCACGCUAUACAGCUGUCCGACUCUGCUCUUCAAGCUGACACUGCCAACCUCGAUCAAUUCUUUGCUGCCGUCAAAGACACGGUAAUUGCCUGCGAGAUUCUCCGAACUCGAUUCAUGUUCACGGAAGACGAUGAAUCACCAUGGGUGGGUAUCGUUUCUCCAACUGAGCAGAGUGAUCUUGUCAGUUGGGAAGUCAAGUCAUCGCCUCGUGGAAGGGUUCAUCUUCGAAUCCACCAUGCCCUCUACGACGCAACCUCAAUCCAAGCGAUGUGGCACAUUUUGGAGGAGAACUAUGCCAGACGUCUCGAAGGCGAGACUGUUCAAGCGCAAAGCUCGUCAAAGCGUCUGUUUUGUCCAUUUGCGAAGACCGUUGCUUCUUCUCAGAAGUCAUCCAUUGCGUUUUGGACUGAUGCUGUCCGAGACUACACCUACACACCACUCGACUUCCCUACCGACGAGCUCAAGGCAUCGUCUGCUUUCCAUUUCUCUCUAGCCGAGCAGGACCUUUCUCUCCUUCAUUCCCGAUGCAGAGAGUCCGGUGUUACUGUCAAGGCAGCUCUCCAACUGGCAUGGGUCAAGGUCCUCUGCGAGUCAUUAUAUCACCAAGCCGAUGUAGUCUACGGUGAAGUCGUGUCCACUGAUGCGGACGACGAUGUCGCUAUUGUCGGACCUACCAUCAACACUCUUCCAAUGCGGGUCAAGCUUGCGAGUGCGGGUGAUACUACCACAGUGUCUCAGGCUUUGAGUCUUGUGCAACAGCAAAUUGACUCUGCAAGAGGCACCAACUCAAUGGCUUCUUUGAGAAAGGUACAAACGCAGUGGCGAUCAGGUCAACAAGGGCAGACUUCAGCGGGUCUCUUCCAGAGUCUUUUCGUGUUUGAUGGAAUGAUCGGCUCCUCUGGUACCGCUGACGAACCAUCGCCACUGUUCAAGCCAGCAGAGACCGACUCUGCAGACUCAGCUGGCCCAGCCUAUGAUGACUAUCCUCUCAUUGUCAGCUUCCAUAUCAAGGACAACAAACUCAAUGGAAAGCUGAGAGCAAAGAUGUCCACAGCGGAGGUCAACGCUAUCGGUGAACAAUUAUCCGCUUCGUUGAAGCAUGUACUACACGGAUUAGACUCGCCCGCCAUCGACACGAAGCACCUUCGCGCGGCUCCCCAAACCGAACCCAGAAAGCCAAAGACCGACAACGUCGAGUCCGCCGAAUUGAAGGGCUUGAGCCCAAGAGCAGAUGCAGUCCUCAAGGUCGUUGAAAAGGUCAUUGGCAACCGACUCGGAGGUAAGAAGAUUGGAUACGACACCAGGUUGAUCAGUGUUGGUCUCGAUUCGAUCUUGGCCAUUCGGUUGUCGAAGCUUUUGAAGGAUCAGGUUGGAUUGAGUGUGAGUGUGUUUGAGAUUAUGAAGGGUGCCAGUGUGUGGGAUAUCACCACGCGUUCAUCUUCAGGUGGCAAGGCGUCGAUCAAGAGGAGGGUGGCGCCAUCAACAGUGGACGAGGGUCUCAAGGCCUCGGUAGCCAAGGCUCUAGGUACACCAGAGAGCCUCAUCAAGUCUGUUCUGUCAGCUUUGUCUGGUCAGCGAUCGCAUUUGGAGCAGUGGGUACACAAUGGCAAGAGGUUCUUCCAGCCACCAUGGGUAUACCGAGUCGAUGACUCUUUUACCGAGGAUAUGGUGUCCAGCUCCUGGGCUGAACUUGUUCGCACUCACGAUAUUCUUCGUACUGCCUUUGUGUGUGGUGAGAACGAGGGGGAGUUGUUUCAGGUGACUCUAAAUGAGCAGUGGUCGCCUCGACAGAACUUCGCUACCGUUCAAGAGACAUCUACGACGAUUGAGACCUUGAUCAAUAAUCACGUUGCCGAGGAAAACAUCAAGGUGUCUGAUAUGAAGAGCCCUGCCGCUCGACUCUCAUUCUUGGAAGCUUCUGAUGGUAAAGCAGUCGUGAUGAGACUACACCACGCGCUAUACGACGGAUGGAGUAUCAAGAUGGUCGAGAAGGAUUUGAACCAGCUUUUGGCUUCGGGCAAGAUAGAGGCGUCUCGGCCAUCGCUGCAACACAUCGUGCAGCAGAUGAAAGACAUCAGAGAUCCUGAUGCCGAGAGCACAUACUGGAAGCAGCACUUGUCACGCGCUGAAGAGACCAUCUUUGGAGCUGUUGAUACAACUACACCAUCACCGUUGGGACCUCAGAUCAAGGCAACUUUCACGGCGAGCAUCUCCCAGGCUACGGUUGACCUGCUUUCUGAGAAGAGUCAAUCACAGGCUUCCACGGCUAUCAUCCUCGCUUAUGCCAAAACCCUCCAGCACAUGACACAAAAGACACAGCCUACCUUUGGUCUCAAUCAUGCGUCAAGAUCUCUUUCAUCGUCGGAUGGAACGCAAACUCUCGAUCUCACGGACGCAAGUAUCCCCACGCUUACUGUCACUCCCUUCUCGGUGGACCUGACCACAUCAUCGGAGAGUCAGCUUGGCUUCAUUCAGGAUCAUCUCGCGCAACUUACAUGCUUUUCUCAAGCGGAUGGUUUGUCCAAGAUCAGUCCUAGAUUCAACGCGUACCUCAACAUUAUUCACCGUACCGAUACAACCGAGUCAAAUGCUGGCAAUGGUGGAGCCUUACAACGAUACAGGCUUCCUGAACCACUGGCGUCAAGUUACUUUACCACGACAGAGCCAUCGUCAACUGUUUCUAGCGUUGAUCAACUCGACACGACCCAUCUGUGUGCUCACAGGCUUUUCUUCAAUGUUACUGUGAGCCAAAGCGAGGGUAUCAAGAUCACUCUCAGUGCGGAUGAGGCGAUCUGGGGUGGAGAUGACGGCGCAAUUGAGAAGUUGGUGCGAUGCUUUGGCGAUAGACUGGAAGAGGUGGUGAAGGAGUUGGAUUAG